AUGGCGAGCCGUUCCUACCACUUCAGCUCCAGCUGUGGGAUCAGGAACUUCAGCUCCUGCUCUUCCGUCAUGCCCCAGCCUGGGGCUCGCAGCUGCAGCAGUGCCAUGGCCCAUCGUGGGGGCAGUCCUGGGGGGCCGGGCUACAGGCGCCUCGGAGGCUUUGGCAGCCAGAGCCUGUGUGCAGUGGUCCCCAACAUCGCGGUGAGUUGUGCAUGGCCCCUACACAGUGGGGGCAGCUUUGGCUACUGGGCAGGGGGCCUUUGUAGGCCCAGCCCCCCCAUGAUAGUCAAUGAGAGCCUCCUCAUGUCCCUUGACCUAGAGAUUGACCCCAAUGCACAGUGCGUCAAGAACGAGGAGAAGGAGCAGAUCCAGUGCCUCAACAGCAGGUUCACUGCCUUCAUCGACAAGGUGAGCUUCCUGGAGCAGCAGAACAAGCUGCUGGAGACCAAGUGGCAGUUCUACCAGAACCGCGAGUGCUGCGAGAGCAACCUGGAGCCCCUGUUCAGCGGCUACAUCGAGACGCUGGGUUGGGAGGCCGAGUGCGUGGAGGCCGAGUGCGUGGAGGCCGACAGCGGGAGGCUGGCCUCGGAGCUCAACCGCAUACAGGAGGCACUGGAGGGCUACAAGAAGAGGUAUGAAGAAGAGCUGGCCCUCAGGGCCACGGCGGAGAAUGGCUUCGUUAUGCUAAAGAAGGACACAGACUGCGCCUGUCUGCGCAAGGCAGACCUGGAGGCCGACGUGGAGGCACUGAGGGAGGAGACUGUCUUCCUACAGUCGGAAAUUCGCCUGCUGGGAUCACAAAUCUCUGAUACCUUGGUGGUGGUGAAGAUGGACAACAGUUGGGAGCUCAACAUGGACUUGGUUGUGGCCGAGAUCAAGGCUCAGUAUGAUGGUAUUGCCAGCCGCAGCCGGGCCGAAGCUGAAACCUGGUACCAAGCCAAGUGUUAGGAGCUGAAGGCCACGGUGACCCGGCAGGGCGAGCACCUCUGCAGAACCAAGGAGGAGAUCCGUGAGCUGAACCACAUGAUCCAGAGGCUGAUGGCUAAGGUGGAGAACGCCAAGCAGCAGUGCUGUAGGCUGGAGGCUGCCGUGACCCAGUCUGAGCAGCAGGGCGAGGCUGCCCUGAGCGACGCGCGCUGCAAGCUGGCCGAGCUGGAGGCCGCCCUGCAGAAGGCCAAGCAGGACAUGGCCUGCCUGCUCAAGGAGUACCAGGAGGUGAUGAACUCCAAGCUGGGCCUGGAUGUGGAGAUUGCCAUUUACUGCAAGCACUGGAGGGCAAGGAGAGCCAGCGAGGACGGGUAACCCAGGUUCCUUCACAUCCCCACUCAGGGUAGUCUAGAAUCUUCCAGGUAGAGAACUGGGAAAAACUCUAGAGAUCAUGGAAUCCAACCAUGUCCCCAUUUUACAGACAAGGAAACAGAUCCAGAGAGGAAGGGGCGUGCACAGGAGCACAGCCAGUUAGUGGCUAAGCUGAAGUGACACCCACCUCCUGCCUGGCCACCGGGGCUCUUCUCCCUCCUGCAUUGUCCCUCCGGCUGGAACCUACAGCUCAUUCUCAGGCAACUGCUUUACUCUGUGGCCAGCCUCAGGGGGUUCUUAAAACUGGAAUCAUUCAGAAAAUUAGUUAGAGGCCAUUUGAUUUGGGAUGCACAAAGGGUCCUGUCAACCUAGAUAGGCUGGUGAUCAGGACCAGGGGCUAGAAAUGAGCAGCGCAGGUUCUUGCCUUGCAGCAGAGGACAGGGGCAGACAUAAUCACUCCUCCAGGGGGCUGGGGCUAGUGGCCCAGGGAAGCUGUUGGGAGGCUUCUCAGAGGAGGAAGCAGAAGAGCUAAGGGCGUGGGAAAGGGAUAGGACACUUCAGCUGUGCUCACAGUCUGAGCCAGGAAUGAGGGGCAGUGAAGACAGCCUGGGAGGAGCCAUGUGGAUUCACACAGCACUGAUGUUCCUCCUGGCUCCCACCGGAGGGGCAGGCUAGGCAGGGUAGUACAGCACAGCGAUGAAGAGCAGAGGCCACGGGCUAGUCACCUAGGUUCGAAUCCCAGCUCUGCCACUUAUUAGCUAUGUGACCUCAUACCUCAGGGUCCUCAGCUAUAAAACUGAGAUAAUCAUAAAACCCAGCUCUUGAAACUGUUGCACGGUUAAAUGAGUUUUAAUGGGACAUAGCACACACCACUAGAAGCAGGGUAUUAUCAUAAUGAGAAAAUCUCUAGCCAACGUGGCCAGGCAGGACUAUACUCACGGAGAGGCCUGUCAUUACUGUGGUUGGCUUUAGAAAUCCACCACAAAGUGGCACCCUGGGCAGCCAGGCCAUGCAGCCGGAUCUGCCUCAUGCUGGACCGAAGCAAGUGAACCUUUCUGUCCGUUUCCUCAGGGCUACAGGUGAAGACACCGGAGCUCUUGCUUCCUUAAGUUCCCAACGCAGUCACUAGCAUUCAGUAAUACACUUGGCAUUUGCACUGUGACACUUAUUUUCAUAUGGUAAUACUCAUUAGUUAAUACCUCAAUCGUAUAAUUAUUGGCGUACUGUCCCCAAUACAUGAUGUUAAAGGACAGUUUAGUGAAUUGUAUAUUGUAGCCAUUGACCUUUUCAUAGACAGCCUCCCCUUGGCAUUUAACAGGUUUAGUUUAAUUACACAAGUAAUGCUCAUUGCAGCAAAUGCAGAGAAUAGGAAAACAAAAGCAGCCACAGUCACUCAACUCAGAGAGAGUCGCUGCCAGCAUUAUGAAUCAACAGGCACCAUCAUGAGCAUUGGCAGGAAUCUUCUGGAAGGGCGAAGUCCUAAGGCUGUGGCAAAGGCAGAGUGAAGUGGCAGGAAAGCGAGCCAGAUGCACACACCCCUGUCCAAAAGAUGAGGAGUAAAGAAGUAUUUUGAGCUGGGCAGAAUGAAUCGUAGUGGAGCUUUCCUGGGAAGACAGGCUUGAAGCUGGGAGUUUAAAAAGGGAAGAUGUAGCACAGAAAGUGCAGGUAGGCAUGAGAAAGGUGGGAGCAUUUAUGAAAACCAACUCUAGUGGUAUAAAUAGCUCACCAUCAAUGAGAUGUUUAUAAUGUUGAUAGCAAACACUUACAUUGGAUUUACUUACUAUGUGCUGGUCUCUAUUUUAGACACUUCACAUGUAGAACUCAGCUGUACCCUACAGCAAUCCUAUUAGGUGGGUAUUAUCAUCUCCAUUUUAUGCUGGGAAAAUUGAAGCACAGAAAGUUUAAGUGACUUGCCCGAAGUUACCCAGCUAGUAAGUGGCGCAGCCAGAUUUGAGUCUAGGCAGCGUGGCCUGAGAGCCCAGUUUCUUAACCACCAUCCUCCCCAGCCUCCCUUUGCAUUUAAUGAAAUCAGCUGGAUGUCUGGGAUAGAAAUUAAAAUCAUAGGUUAAAAAUGUGUUAGUUUGUGCUUACGCCAAGGAGUUCAAGGCUGCAGUGUGCUAUGAUCAUGUCUGUGAAUAUGCGCUGCACUCCAGCCUGGGCAGCAUUGUGAGCCCCCCUUAUCUCUCAAAAAAAAUGAGUCAGUUCGAGCGAUAAGCAAACUUUUCCUGCUCAGAGGUGUCCAUCUAGCUAGGCAGUAGUGGUUCCCAUCACCUCUUUGGCUUUGCUGGAAUUUCCAGCAGAAGAACAAGGAAGAUGCCCCUCAUUUCUACUUCUCAGUCCACCAAAUUUCCAGCUGAGUUUAUACUAGCGGUUGUCUGGAAUUUCACUGUAUUUUCAUGUUUCCUGUAUGGCCCCUUUCUUUUGGUGUGCUUGAUUAAACGAUGGCCAAAGGCUGUUUCUUAGUAACCAAAUUAAUGCUGCCUCCUUCAUUGCUUUCCCCACCUACCCACAGCCUUGUUUUGUGCUUCUCAAGAUGCAGUCCAGGGACCGCCACCUGCGUCAGGGUCCCCUGGUAGUUGGUAAAUGCGCAGAUCCUGGGUUCCAUCCAGAACCACUGGAUCAAAAGCUCUAGGGAUGAGCCCAGGAAUCUAGUUUAACAAGCUCCCAGGUGAUUCCUGUAAGAACUAAAAUUACAGAACCACGGGUUUGCGUGAGCAGAGGCGAGAGGAGGCCAGGCAAUUCUGGCUGGGGUGGUGACUUUCCCUGAGCUUCUCGCAGGAUCAGAUUAGCCCCUUUGCGCUUCUCCUUUGUCUUUGCUGAAAGGUCAGAGCCCCACUCUGGGCUGCACACAUCAGGAGCGACUGGGUUAAGGUACUGACGGAGAGAAGGCAGCCUGUAUUUAUUAAGUGCCUGCUAACUGCCUGGGGUACAUCGCACAUGUAUUUCAUUCAUUUCUAAUAGCAACAGUAUUAUCUUCAUUUUACAGAUAAAGAAAUUAAGGCUGAAAGAAGUAACUUUACUAAGGUCACACAGCUAGCCCACGAUUCAAACUCAGGUCUAGGGAAUGCCAGACCUGAGUUUGGCAUUCCCACCUGAUGGGCAUUCCCAUCUCCCAUUCAUGCCCUUUUCCCACCGCAUUUCCCUAACCGCCCCUUGGGCUAGGCAUGCUGGCUGCCAGAAUGCUCCUGGAGCUCGGCCUGCUGCAGCUUUACAGUUGUCUGACACUUCCGAGGUGGAAGGUGACUUGACCUUCUGGAAACAUUUGUAGAAACAUCUCUCCAUAGAGUCUGCUCCCCAAGAACUCGGACAGAUCUCUUUAUGGGGCGGUUAAAAGAGGCCUCUUGUGUGGAACCCAGAAUUAAAACUCAGACCUCUGGCUGGAGGGCGUUUGCGGGGGCGCCUGGACAGAGGCAGUGGAUCCGUGCACUCUGUGUCUGGCCCGUUCCCGCACUGACAGCACAGGGAAGGCCUCCCCAGGGAAGCCUGCUCAAAGCCCCUCUGAUGUGGGCUGUCCGGCCCUGGAUAUGAUGAACGGGGACAGAGGUUUCUGGUGCUUAACUCUCUUUCAUUUGAUUUACAGGAAGACCUCUACUUCUCUCAGCUUAUUUUAUUUGGAACAUUUAAAAAAAAAG